AUGACGUAUGCAUUGAACAUCAAAAAUAAUAUCGAUCAUCUAGUCCUACCAGAAAGCCAUAAUAAGGGGACGCAACUAUUGGCUUCGCUUAUCCGUCUACCCGCCAAGAUGUCUGGCUGUUGUAGGAGCCUAAACAAAAAGUUUAAAGCAUUCGUGGAGAAGAGAGGGGGAAAUGUCGUUGAUCUGGGUGUUGGUAUAAUCAUCGGUGCUGCCUUCUCUGCUGUUGUCAAUUCAUUCGUCGUUGACAUUCUCACUCCACCCCUCGGUCUCGUCAUUCAUGAUUCACAACUCGAAAACUUCUUCAUUAUCAUUCGUCCCGGCAAAACUCAUGGUGCCCAUUACACUACUCCUCAUGACGCUCAGGCGGAUGGGGCCGUGACUAUGAAUAUUGGGUCAUUUAUAACUGCUUGCAUUACAUUUUUCCUGAUAUGUAUAACUUUGUUCUGGAUUGUACUCGUUCAUGACUCGGUCCAAGAACAAGUCGAGCGCAAUAAAGGAAAAUCCCCCGCUACCUUGCCCUGCCCAUGGUGUAAAGCAGAUGUGCCAAAAGAAGCUGCCAAGUGUCAACAUUGCUGCAGCAUGUUGAACGAAAAGCCACCUCAAGCAACUGGAAAUAAUGAGAGCUUAAUUGAUGUACACUAA